CAAUUCUUAAGACUAUAUAAUGAUGCAAAAACAGGCCACAUUAUUGGCCCUUUUCGCCAUUAUCUUUUCAUUAUUCAUUAGUACACCUUUUGUUAAUGCUGCUGAAGAUAAAGAAUCUUAUGGAACUGUAAUUGGUAUUGAUUUGGGUACAACUUAUUCUUGUGUUGCUGUCCAAAAGAAUGGACGUGUUGAAAUUAUUGCUAAUGAUCAAGGUCACCGUAUUACUCCUUCCUAUGUUGCUUUCACUGAUGACGAACGUUUGAUUGGUGAUGCUGCUAAGAAUCAAUAUUCCGCUAAUCCUCAACGUACUGUUUUCGAUGCUAAGCGUCUUAUUGGUCGUCGUUUUAAUGAUAAGGAAGUUAAGCAAGAUAUGAAGCAUUUCCCUUUCACAAUUGUCAGCAAAAAUGGUGCUCCUAAUAUUAAGGUUGCCGUCAAGGGUGAAGAUAAGAUUUUCACUCCUGAAGAAAUUUCCGGUAUGGUUUUGACAAAGAUGAAGGAAACUGCUGAAGCUUAUCUCGGUAAGCCUGUUACUCAUGCUGUUGUUACUGUUCCCGCCUAUUUCAAUGAUGCUCAACGUCAAGCUACAAAGGAUGCUGGUACUAUUGCUGGCCUUAACAUCAUUCGUAUUCUUAAUGAACCUACUGCCGCUGCUAUUGCCUAUGGUUUGGAUAAAACUGAUGGUGAAAAGAAUGUCCUUGUUUAUGACUUGGGUGGUGGUACUUUUGAUGUUUCUCUUUUGUCUAUUGAUGAUGGUAUCUUUGAAGUCUUGGCUACUGCCGGUGAUACCCACUUGGGUGGUGAAGAUUUCGAUGCUCGUGUCAUUGAUCACUUUAUUAAGGUUUGGAAGAAGAAGAAUGAUGGUGAAGAUAUUACUCGUGACCUUAAGGCUAUGAGUAAGCUUAAGCGUGAAGUUGAGAAUGCUAAACGUGCUCUCUCUUCUCAAAUGUCUGUUCGUAUUGAAAUUGAAUCCUUCUAUAAGGGUAAGGACUUCUCUGAAACUUUAACUCGUGCCAAGUUUGAAGAACUUAACAAUGACUUGUUCCGUAAGACUUUGAAGCCUGUUGAACAAGUUCUUAAGGAUGCUGGUUUUACUAAGGAUAAGGUUGAUGAAAUUGUUCUUGUUGGUGGUUCUACUCGUAUUCCUAAGGUUCAAAAACUUCUUGAAGAUUACUUCAAUGGUAAGAAGCCUUCUAAGGGUAUUAAUCCUGAUGAAGCUGUUGCUUAUGGUGCUGCUGUUCAAGGUGGUAUCCUUUCUGGUGAGGAAUCUUCUGAUAAAGUCUUGUUGUUGGAUGUUAAUCCUUUGACUCUUGGUAUUGAAACCACUGGUGGUGUCAUGACCAAGCUUAUCCCUCGUAACACUGUUAUUCCUACCAAGAAGUCUCAAAUCUUCUCUACUGCUGCUGAUAAUCAGCCUACCGUUUUAAUUCAAGUUUAUGAAGGUGAACGUGCUUUAACUAAAGACAACAACCUCCUUGGUAAAUUUGAAUUGACAGGUAUUGCUCCUGCUCCCCGUGGUGUUCCUCAAAUUGAAGUUACUUUCGAAAUUGAUGCCAAUGGUAUCUUAAAGGUCAGCGCUGCUGAUAAGGCUUCUGGUAAAUCUGAGUCUAUCACUAUUACCAACGAUAAGGGUCGUCUUUCUGAAGAAGACAUUGAACGUAUGGUUAGAGAAGCUGAAGAAUUUGCCGAAGAAGAUAAGGCAGUUCGUGAACGUACUGAAGCCAAGAACAAGUUGGAAAACUACAUUUACACUGUUAAGAGUCAAUUAAGUGAUGAUGGUGUUCUUGCUACCAAGAUUUCCGCCGAGGAUAAGGAAGCUAUUGAAGAUGCCAUUAAGGAUAAACUUGCUUGGAUUGAUGAAAACCCCACUGCUCUUCGUGAAGAUUUUGAUGAAAAGCGUGAAGAAUUAGAAUCAGUUAUUAACCCUAUCACUACAAAGUUAUAUGCUGAUGGUUCUUCUAGCACUGAUGAUGAACCUUUAAGAGAACAUGAUGAAUUGUAAAUUGAUUAUACACCGUUUUAUUUUUAGUUUUAUAUACUAUAUCAUUUACAUACAUUUUCAUUCUUUAAAUAAUAAUCCCCUUUCAUAAUAUAUAUAUAAAUAUAAAAGAAAUGUUAAAAUUAGUUUAAGCUUUGAUAACCUUUUAUAUACAUUUAUUUAUCCAUAAAAUAAAAAAAAACUUGUUGAUUUUUAUUACUACCAAU